CCUAAAUCCUUCCGCAGACCCUUUCAAGAACCAUUCUGGCUUCUUCGGUUGCUUCUCCUUCUUCUUCUCUUCUUCUCUGUUUUCGCUUGCCAUUGAAAGUUUAUGAGCCAAAAAGACAGUUUUUUCCCAGUCAAAAAGAGACCUUUUCUUGCUUUUUGUUCUUUUGAAUUCAAAAGCUUGUCUCUCAAGAAUCCACAGAAAGGGGGUCAUUCUCUUCUCUUCUUUAGCUUUUCUCCUCUGUUUUUUUUCCUUUCUUUCCCGAGAUUCCCAUUUUCCUUGCCCUCCAAGGGGUUUUGGGUUUUGUUCCUUAGUUCCUCCAAAGUCCCUGAUCUUUUCUUUUUUGUGCAAUCAUGUCCUGUUUUGGUAAGGUUGGGACAAACAUUUCUGGGUUGAAUGGGGCUCUUGUUGUUGGCUCGAAAGCCAAAGGGGCUGUUGGGCUUCCUUCCUCUUCUGGUUCUCUGUCUUUUGGAGAAUCCGAGAAAACAAAGUUCCCUGCUUUGAGGAUCGAUUUCAUGGGGAAGCAGCUGGUUCUCUCAGAUAAAAGGGCUCUAGGUGAUUGGAGCGUGAAAGCACCUUCUGGCUUCUCUUUGCGUGCACAGGCAUCGAUUUGUGUAAGCAGAGCUAUGAGAUGGUGGGAGAAGACCCUUCAACCCAACAUGGUAGAGAUCAAUUCUGCUCAAGAACUUGUCGAUUCUUUGUUGAAUGCUGGUGAUCGAUUGGUUGUGGUUGAUUUCUAUUCACCUGGUUGUGGUGGUUGCAAAGCUCUUCACCCCAAGAUAUGUCAGCUGGCGGAGUCGAAUCCGGGCGCAAUCUUUCUUAAAGUUAAUUACGAAGAACUGAGAACCAUGUGCCAGUGCCUCCACAUCCAUGUCCUUCCAUUCUUUAGAUUUUACAGGGGCUCGGAAGGCCGCCUAUGCAGCUUCAGCUGCACUAAUGCAACUAUCAAGAAAUUCAAAGACGCAAUGGCGAAGUACGGGGUCGAGCGAUGUAGCAUCGGUCCAGCAAAAGGUUUGGAUGAUUCUGAACUCGUGAAACUAGCCGAGUUCGGCGAAAUACCGAGAGAUCUGCGGCGGUUGCCGGUUCCGACGGGAAACAUGGUCAUGACUAGCUUAGAGAAGAGUGGAUCUGAGAAGAGAGCAGUCACCAGGAUGGAAACUGAAGACAAGAGUCCCUUGAUAAUAGUUUGAAGGAUGCUUCUCAGAUUCAAAUUAGAAAGAUGGUGCUUAGGUGAUUGAAGUGUUGCUGUGAGUUGAGCAGCCCAAGAUUGAUUUUUAGUAAUUGUAGGUUGUCAUUGUAAAUAUCUUUAUCAUCGUUGGGUCUCUUCCAUAAAGAGGGCUCGUGUUCUUUUUUGUCAUCGAGCCCUGCUUUGUUUUUGUUUGUCAGUUCGAUCUCGGGAUUUGAUAUUUGUUUAUCUGGAUAAGGAUGAGGUUCAGAUCAAGAAUUGAUUUUGAUCUGAUCCGUGAUUGGCAAGACAAACCAUUUUGUCACACUCUGGCAACCUUCACAAUAGAUGGUGGGGUUAGUGUUGUUGUAGAACAUUAUUGGAAGAUCGGCAGCUUCCAUCAAUGCAGUAGUUGAAUGGAUUUCUUGAUUAA